AUAUGAACAACUAAACGUAGCUCCCACUUAGCACAGUUCUCUGCUUAGAGCACACAAUCGUACUGAAACACGAGGCUGGGCAGCAGCUCAGUAUGCUCAAGGAUUACAGCUGCAGACGUUUUCACAGAUCAUUUAGUGUCGUGUUCUACUGUCGGAACGGUGGAGAAAUUAUUUUCAAAACGAUGAGCUACGACGAUCUGACCGAAUUGGCAGGAUAUUCCGAGGCCAUAGAUACUCCCCGACCGCAAUUUAGUGCCCAUUCCAUCAAUUAAUGAAAAUAAAAAAAAAUUAAAAAAAAAAAAAAAAAAAGAACAUGUUAUAAACUUUUUUUACUUCGUCUUUGAAUAUUGAUAAGAAAAGAGCCGUAACAGCUAUAUUAUACGUCAUGAAUAAACUGUUAAGAAACUGUGCCGCCAACAAUGCAACCCCACAAAUAAAAAUUGUGCAAAUUGUAAAAAAGAGGUAUAACACCUACAUUAUAGGUAUGUCAUGAAUAAAGUAUUGAGAAACUGUGCCGCCAACAAUGCAACCCCGCAAAUAAAAAUUGUGCAAAUUUAUUCAACCUGACAUAAGAAGAACAAGAAAAGUAUUCGAGGAUCUAUUCUUAGCAUCAUCAAACUCCAAAAGAUAUCACACAACCUCUGACUAGUCGGUGAAUAACAUCCGGAUUCAUUGUGAUGUGGCAAGACAAUUUGGCAGGUGCAAUAGCAAUCGACAAAAAGGGGUAUCAGAAAGGUGUAGAUACUCGUCACCUACCAACGGAUAAAUUUAAAGAUGAAUUUCAACUCUACAAGAUGGACGCGAAUGUGUGAAAAUCGAGGGCGUACGAUGAUAUCGGAAUUCGGCGUAAUGGUGAAUUAUCCAACAUACAAAAAUAUUUCGUUAAUUAAGAUGCAAAUAUCACGCGAAUGAUUCAGAUCGAGACGUUGAAAAAUCCUGGGUAAAAUGGGGAACCACAGUAAACAGGAUUUUGUGACGAGAUAACACGAAGCUAUUAUCGUUCGAAGUGAUUCGUUCAGGUGGAGAAAUUAUUCGCAUAAUCCAGCAAAUUCUUCGUUUGAUUUUUUCCAUAAAAAAUUUCAUUUACAAAUUUAGAUGAUAAACCGCAGACUUUAAGUUAUCCGAUGCUAAUCUCGUCUACAUUAACGCGUUUAUCACCAUCUGCAAUUCAUUGAAUGUAGAGUGAAAUAACGCCGUAAAAAGUAUAAAAAUUAACACUCCGCCCUAAAUUUUUUCGAGAAACGAGAUAAGGCGCUUAUAUAAAAACAAACGUCAAUUCGGAACAUUCUGAAAAUAUUCUAAAACCUCCCAAUUUUUGCUUCGUCGAAUGCGUUUUAGUGAUUGCGUGAAAUACCUGUAAAGACGGAAGGUAACGAGUUCCUAUGACGCAUUCAAGGAAUACCUCUGUCUACGGCUGUUCAAAUUCAUGGGUCCAUUCCCUCUGGAGACCUUUCUCACCUUUUCAGAUAACGUCUACGUAAAAAUGAAAAAUAAAACACAAGUAUUACCUAGCUCUAACAUUUAGCAAAUCAAAAUUUAUCCAAAUAACUGCUCCGUAUAUUUGUAAGAAUAACUGUUGAUAUACCUGCGUUCAUUUCAAAAUUGAUCUAUGAAACUUAUCUAUGUUCCAUGUGAAACAUUGUUGACUAAUGCAUUAAUAACAUUAAGCUUCUAGUUUACUGUCAGGAGAAUGUAAUCAAUUUGAGUGCUGUCACUAAUCAUCUGUAUUAUUAAUACGUUGAUGGAAUCAAAUCGAAUAAUAUUGUCAGUUUUAUGCUGAUGGAAAACGAUGAAAAUUAGUUUUUUUCACAGCGCGGUAUAAUCAAUCCUUCAAGUCAUGAUCCGUAAUUUUUCUUGCACGAUAGACUUCAGAUGAUUGUGAGGAACGCAGGGAGCAAUUGCAAAAAUAUCAAAAAUGCCUUACGCGAGAAAGAUUGUAAAUUUGAAAAGAGAUCGUCCCAGUUAUCAGGAGUUCAUUGAAUCGUUCAAAAUAGUGAAUUUCAUCGGGCAGAUGGUCGGACUAUCGCCAAAUGAGGUUCGAGAAGUGAAUGGUAGUUUGGAAAUCAGAAAAUGUGUAUUUGUCAGGAUGCUUACUGUGACAUUAACUGCAUUCUACAGCUGGAGUGUUUUUUAUCACGCCUCGAAUCCUGUAAUGAGCAAUCAUUACAAAGGAGUUUCACGGUUUUUAGAUACGAUGGGGCUCAUUGUGUUGGAGAUGACUUUUUACACGAUACUGCUGUCGGUUACCGUUAAGCAAAAAUAUUUUCUUGAAAUUUCCAAAGAUAUUCUGAAAGUUGACAUCCUUUUAUUUCAAUUGGGAGAACGUGUGAAUUAUAAGAAAGAAUUUCAAAUAAAUUUAAUCACUAUUGGAGUAUUGUUGACAACUAUGAUAUGCGUCUAUACUAUUCAAUAUCUGAACUAUUAUCAAUCAAACAUUCCUUAUACAGUUCAUGCUGCUUUAUGGAUUGUACCAUCGAUCAUGAUGUUCACUAUGCUACUUCAAUUUUCAAUUAUUGUGUAUUCUCUGAAACUGCGUUCUUCUAAGCUCAACAACUACGUAUCGAAGAUAAUUAAGUCAGCUACAAAGUCAAAUCUGAGUGUAAUACCAUAUAUUGAUCAUGAUUAUGAGAAUUCACGAUUCACCCACGAUACGCUUGAUAAUAGAGUUUGGGAUGUGUCAGUAAUUUACGAUCUGAUUUGCGAAAUUACUAAGGCUGUCAACGAAUCAUAUUCACUUACAGUCACAGUUAGUUUGAUAAGUUCAUGUAUUUUCAUAGCAGUUGGAACAUAUUUCAUAAUUCCAUGCAUGAAAGAUUCAGUGGACCUAUGCCAGUGGACAAUACUCCUAGGAAAUUGCUUAGGAAUUUUGCUUCAGCUUCUAUCCAUUUUUAUGGUAACGUAUUGCUGCAAUGGGGCUCAAGAUGAAACCAACCAAGUAGCCGUUCUAGUGCACAAGAUAAAUGCUAAGAUACCUGAGCAUCGAACAGCGAUUAACACAUUUUCUCUCCAAUCGCUACAUCAAAAGGUUCAGUUCACAGCAUGCGGUCUCUUCAGCAUUGAUUAUACUUUUAUAUAUCUGGUACUCUCUACAGUAAUUACAUACAUGGUGAUUCUCAUGCAAUUCGACCAGCAUUAAACAGUUCUGAGGAAUAACCGUGAUUAAUGGCAGUUCGAAGAAGAAUCUCAUAAGAUUGAGUCUAGUACUAAUCAGGGGGAUGAGAAACAUUUCUGACUUGCCUCCCUUUCAAAAUAUUUUACACCAUUAGUCUUUUUGCUUGCGGAACUAUGAAGAUCACUGAAUUAUCUGAAAAUUAAAUAUGUAUCACCUCUAUUGAUCGUCAAAAUGAAUGAGUCAGGUGUUACACAUAAUAUCUUCACUUCUUUUUACUGUUUAUGAUAACUGCGUGUCACGUGUCUAAUCUCAAUUUUGAAUUUUGUGGCUAUUAAAUACGUAAGAAUAAAUGUUUCAACGAACGAAAAUGUUUUGCAACACAUGAAUAUUAUAGGUGAGUCACGUGCGCAAGUUAUAAAAUCCCAAGUACCCCAGGGCAGUCUGGAAUUCAAACGUUUAAUUAAGAUAACAUACGGUAAUAUUAGUCAUUUGGAUCGUAUAAGUGAUGAGUUUGUUUGCAUAAUGAGCAGAAAAAGCGGAUGUCGACCAUUCGUACCUAUUCACCUCGAUGAAGGAAAUGGGAAGAAAUAUUUAACAUAAUUGUCUUCAAAAAUUCGGAAAUAUGGAAUUGUAUUUAAUGGAAUAAGAUUUUAUUUCAAGUAGAA